AUGAUCGGAAAACUCGCUUUCGCAAGCGCAUUAAUCUCGGGUGCCAUGGCACAGGCCACAGCCCCACAGUGGGGUCAAUGUGGUGGGCAGGGAUGGACUGGGCCGACUGCUUGUCCGUCUGGAUGGGUAUGUACGGUUAGUAACCAGUACUACAGUCAGUGCCUACAAGGAACAGCUCCUGCACCGACUUCCACUCCCGCUUCACCACCCGCUUCUUCGUCUGCACCCGGCGGUGGAAGUGCGACGUCUUCGAUUCCUUCUGGGACUGCUACUGCAGGGUCCGCUGGCGCGACGCUCUUACCCGGAAAUCUCUGGGUUCGUGCGGUGGAAGAACCCAACUUCCACACCUACCUUCAGUCUGCAGUGUCUGGACAACCCGGACUUGCUGUAUUCGGGAGCUACACUUCUGCGGCGCAGUUCCAGUUGAACGAUGGUCAAGUUGAACAGCAGCUCGCUGAUGGGAGCGUUCUCUAUCUUAACGUGAACACGACGACAGCCUCCACAGCGACGUACCUCCCAACUUACUUCGCCACGACGCAAGAAACGACGGGGACGUGGGCGUUCCAGGGUGAUGGGUUAACAUGGACUGCUCCGGGAAUCCCACGUCAGAAUAAUGGUGCUUUCCUUGCGUGUGGGACAGGUGUGCCUAGUGUUAAUGUCAAUCUUGGACCAUACGACUAUAUGACUCCGGCUGGUUGUGCAGACGAGACGUUGAACUAUUACAACGGUGCAACCGCUGUCGACUAA